GUGCCUUUAAAUUGCUGCUUUCGGAGGGUGCAUCUGGGGGAGGUGGGAGGCAGGAAAACAUCUUCCUACCGGUCUCCCUCCUCCCUCCCCACCAAGACUCUUCAGGGUUUAGAGAGUGAUUGCUGCCCAGAGAGAGUCUUUUCCAGCUCCCGGCUGGCAGGCUAAGGCCCUCCGGAGCCCAAGGCAAGCCCAAGCAGAAGCCAGUAGGGUUAUCUGUGUCAGGAUCAUUUCCAGGGGAACAGUUCUGGCCCCUGGCAGGUAAAGACAGGCCAGAGGAGAAGAGGCAGAAGAGGAGAGAGAGCAGUCUCUUUGCGAGCAGCCCAAGUUGGAGAAAGGCUCUGUACUUUUGGCGUUCCUGCAGGGAUAUCCCCUCUCACGUUGGCAGCCAGGCUGAGAAAGGGCUUCAAGAUCCCCGCGGAAUGACAACUCUUGUUCCUGCAACCCUCUCCUUCCUUCUCCUCUGGACCCUGCCAGGGCAGGUCCUCCUCAGGGUGGCCUUGGCAAAAGAGGAAGUCAAAUCUGGAACCAAGGGGUCCCAGUCCAUGUCCCCCUCUGAUUUCCUAGACAAACUUAUGGGGCGAACAUCUGGGUAUGAUGCCAGGAUUCGACCCAAUUUUAAAGGCCCACCCGUGAACGUGACCUGCAACAUCUUCAUCAACAGUUUCGGCUCCGUCACUGAGACCACCAUGGACUACCGGGUAAAUGUCUUCUUGAGGCAACAGUGGAAUGACCCACGCCUGUCCUACCGAGAAUAUCCUGACGACUCUCUGGACCUCGAUCCCUCCAUGCUGGACUCUAUCUGGAAGCCAGACCUGUUCUUUGCCAAUGAGAAAGGGGCCAACUUCCAUGAGGUGACCACGGACAACAAGUUACUGCGCAUCUUCAAGAAUGGGAAUGUGCUCUACAGCAUCAGGUUGACCCUCAUUUUGUCCUGCCCAAUGGACCUCAAGAACUUCCCCAUGGACAUCCAGACCUGCACGAUGCAGCUGGAGAGUUUUGGCUACACCAUGAAUGACCUCGUGUUUGAGUGGCUGGAAGAUGCUCCUGCUGUCCAAGUGGCUGAGGGGCUGACUCUGCCCCAGUUUAUCUUGCGGGAUGAGAAGGAUCUAGGCUAUUGUACCAAGCACUACAACACAGGGAAAUUCACCUGCAUCGAGGUAAAGUUUCACCUGGAGCGGCAGAUGGGCUACUAUCUGAUUCAGAUGUACAUCCCCAGCCUACUCAUCGUCAUCCUGUCCUGGGUCUCCUUCUGGAUCAACAUGGAUGCUGCCCCUGCCCGUGUGGGCCUGGGCAUCACCACCGUGCUCACCAUGACCACCCAGAGCUCUGGCUCCCGGGCCUCUUUGCCUAAGGUGUCCUACGUGAAGGCAAUCGACAUCUGGAUGGCUGUGUGUCUGCUCUUUGUGUUCGCUGCCUUGCUGGAGUAUGCUGCUGUCAAUUUUGUUUCUCGUCAGCAUAAAGAAUUCAUACGACUUCGAAGAAGGCAGAGGCGCCAGCGCAUGGAGGAAGAUAUCAUCCAAGAAAGUCGUUUCUAUUUCCGUGGCUAUGGCUUGGGCCACUGCCUGCAGGCAAGAGAUGGAGGUCCAAUGGAAGGUUCUGGCAUUUAUAGUCCCCAACCUCCAGCCCCUCUUCUAAGGGAAGGAGAAACCAUGCGGAAACUCUACGUGGACCGAGCCAAGAGAAUUGACACCAUCUCCCGGGCUGUCUUCCCUUUCACUUUCCUCAUCUUCAAUAUCUUCUACUGGGUUGUCUAUAAAGUGCUACGGUCAGAAGAUAUCCACCAGGCUCUGUGAAUAGGGUGGGAGCUAUAGAGUCCUGCUGCUGGCCUCCUGCUUCCUCCUGGGUGGGCUUUCUCCCUCAAUUAGACUCCAUUAGGGCUUGGACAGUUUCUUCCUGAUCUCCCACUCAGAACUUCAACUACCACUCCCAAAGCUAUGUGGGCCUAUACUGCAUGGUGCCAAUGGUGGCUGUACUUAAAAAGAUGGCUUAUCUACCCUAGUCCAUAUUUUCUCCAUACUUUCCCACUUCUCAUGAGACUAAGGUUUGGCCACAUUCCUGGGGCCAGGAUGACCUUCUUCUCUUGCUG